AUGCAGCUCAAUACAGCUCUCUUCUUGGCGCUGCUUGUCACUCCAUACACAACAGCCGCUCCUUCAACAGUCAACAGGUCGCCUUCACGUCUCCAGCAACGUGCAGUCUGCACUCCUACAUCAGCUGGUUCCGCCAGUAAAGAUGACGUCCCUGCUAUUCAAGCUGCCAUAGCUUCAUGUGGCAAUGGGGGAACCAUAGUCAUACCGGCGGGCAAGACAUAUCAAAUUCGCUCUAUGCUCUCCCUCGCCGGAUGCGUCGGCUGUGACUUUCAGCUUGAGGGCACACUCAAGGUCUCCGAUGACACGGACUAUUGGAAUAACAAGCAAGCCAUCAUCCUCUUAAGCGGCAUCAAAGGUGCAAAGUUCCGCAGCUUGACCGGCGGCGGGCUAUUAGACGGCAACGGCCAGGCAGCAUGGGAACGGUUUGCAGCAGAUAACUCAUACGGCCGGCCAACGCUUCACUCCAUUACGAAGUCUUCAUCUGACAUCUUGGUAUCGAACUUGAGGGUCAAGAAUGCCCCAAAUGUCUUCUUUGUCGCAACGAGCGGCUCGACGAACAUCCGCUACGAACACCUGUAUAUGACUGCAGUAUCGAGCAGUAGCACUGCUCCCAAGAAUACGGACGGGUUUGAUAUCUCAAGCUCUUACACAAAUAUGUACAACAUCUCAGUGUCUAACCAAGAUGAUUGCGUCGCGUUCAAACCGGGCGCGAACUAUGUCACAGUCGACACAAUAACAUGUAAGGGAUCCCAUGGAUUGUCAGUUGGCUCAUUGGGCGGAGGAGUAGGAUCUUCAGAUUCGGUUACAAACAUCUACGUGAAGAAUGCGAACAUGCAAACCUCGAGCAAGGCUGUCGGAAUCAAGCUGUAUCCCGGCGGCUCUUCACACGGUACUGCGACAGUGAGCAACGUGACUUGGGACGGAGUCACUGUUUCCUCGUGCGACUAUGCAGCACAGAUCCAGAGUUGUUAUAACGAGGAUGCAAGCUAUUGUACUUCGUCUCCAAGUACAGCAAAGCUCUCGAAAGUGUAUUUCAAGAACUUCAAAGGGACAACAAGUUCAAAGUACAGUCCGACAACAGCGAACAUGAAUUGUCCUAAGGGUGGGACAUGUGACAUUCAUUUCGAGAACUGGACGGUGAAGCCCGCUAGUGGUACAGGAAGAGUACUGUGCAUUAACACGCCUAGUAAUAUUGGGGUGACUUGCACAUCGGGUGCUUCAGGAUAAGGACCUGUUUCUCUCUAGCUUUUAUGUAUAAAUUGCAUCGUACAUCGUAGAC